UUUGUUUGUACAAAAAUGAGUGCAUUUCAACAUCGUCUUCAUCAAAUUCGUCGUCAAAUUGAUACCCUGAAAAUAUUUAACGACAAUGUCGUUGAGGUUUCGGAGCUGACGGAAUUUUGUGUUCACUUUGAGUCGGGUGGUCGCAAUUUUAUGCUGACUGUUCUGUUGGGCUUGCAUUUCCCUAACGAACGUCCGAAACUGAUCAUUUCGCCCAUUAUUCAGCACCACUGGGUCAAUCCAACUACAGGAGAAAUUGAAUCAGCGCCAGGUUUAGUAAAUUAUUCGCCACAUUCCGAUUUAGGACGUGUAGUCCAGGCAAUCAUCCGCGAAUUUGAACGCUUUCCUCCACAAGUUAUAAAAUCACAAAGUCCCAAUCCAACCAGUAAUGCCAAUUCAGCGCAAGUAAAUGUUUCACGCGCUCAUCAUUACCCUCCCCUGCAAAUGGCCAAAUCUCUAGACAGCGGGACUAGCAGCGGUGCUUCCAAUAGUGCCAACAGCAGCAAAGAAACAUCGCCACAUGAUCCCAUCAAAUUGACAUCACCACGGAUCAAUGAAACAAGUUUCCCAAAUCUGUCAACGCUUUCGUUAGAUGAACUGAAACAACUAGAUAAUGAUCCGGAAUUUUUCGACGAUUUUAUCGAGGAAAUGUCUGUUGUUCAGCAACUGAACGAAGAGCUAGACUCCAUGAUAAAUCAAGUCGAAAACAUUUCCAAAGAAAACGAGACCAAGGAAACACACCUCGUCGAGCUGAAGCGCAAAUUAAGCGAUGAUGUGACAACAUUAAAGCAUUUGGGUGAAAAAUGCGAUGAACUGAAUAAAAAGUAUUUGAAAAAGACUGAGGAAUAUAAUCCUCAGCACAUCAGAGAGCUCUUGCAGAUCGCGGCUUCAAAUGCAGACAGCGAAUGCGAGAGGCAUGUGGAACAAUUCUUAAACAGCAAAAUCGAUGUACAGACAUUUUUGCAGAACUACACACACUCUAAAAAGGUUAGCUCGGAGCGCAAAGCAAAAGAGGAGCGACUGGGACAACAAUUGUCGGCAUUAGAGAGAGCUGGGAUUUAAACAG